GCAAAAACAUGUUUAGGCACGGGCGGAGUAUACGAGAAAAAAUUUUCGCGUACAGCGACGUACACAACACAAGAAAUCGGUAACAUGUACUUUUCCGACGUGAAACCCGUGAUCAUACUGGAGCCGAAAAUGAGGAACAAAUCUGCGACAACAUCCAAAUCCAACCCCGCAGCGAAAAUUUCGCUGGCGUCCCCGGAUGAGCCGCGGCACGUAAUGCCGCAAGAACAGGCAACGGGGACGACGGCUCCAAAUGUUGUACCUGGCGGGAUGAACAGCAGUAAAAACGGAAGUUUGAUGCAAGUGCGUCAGAGCACUUCUUCUAGCCUCGUCAGUGCUCCUACUACACAGAAGGUGGUCUCUGCGUCCUCUACUUCGAGCAGGUCAUCUUCAGGUUCUUCGACACGACGAGGAGGUUCUGACGCAAAACCAAAACAAAAGAGCACUGGCGCUCCGUCACCGCGAGCAGGGGCGACGACAGCAGCACAACUACAUCUCGGUGCAAACAGUAAGAACAACCACUACUCGGUAGCAGCCGCAGCAGCAGCAAAUGCGACCUCCACCACGACCCGAGCGUUUUCUGCAACGACCGCGAAAGUAAGUAAUAGUGCCGGCACAACAUCAACUUCAGCAACUUCUUCAUCAUUUGUCCCAGGCGGCCGUGGCAGGCUGUAUCUCCAAGCGAACAAAAACGGGACACAGACGCCGGGAUUUGGACCCAGGCAGAUCAAUCACUGGACGGAUAAGGAUAAAAACACUUAUUCAACAAGUACAUCAGCAUCCAGUUCCACCACCAAUGGAGUAGCUGCGGCCGGCGAGAAGACCAAGGGGAACAACAACAAGCACAGUACUAGCAGCAACUCUUUAUCCCUUUCCAACUCUAGUUCCAGUACGAGCGUGGGCAGCAGUAGCGCUAGUGGGACGACGAGUUCGAGCUCGUCUUCUUCUAGUCGUGGUGGAGGGAAAACAAGUACUAGCAGUCAGCCGCAAGAAGCGACAAAGAAUAUGAACAUCUUCCUUCCUCCGGAGUUGUUUCAAAACGAAGAGUUGCUGAAAUACCGGCUCCCGCCGCCGACCUCCGCGGAAGCAUUGCGGAUCGACCAGCAAAGGCACGGGAACGUCCAGAACAGUGCGGUUUUGCUUUACUACGGCGAGUAUCAAAUGUAAAAAUGUCUGGGUCUGGAAGAAUGCAAGAUUUGUCAUGCAUAUUUCUCAUGACCCAUGAUGCAUGUAAUGCAUGACUUAGCAUCGCAGACUUUUAGAGGGCUUCCUAAUGCACCAUCCGCAUGAGAAAUGCCCUGUCCGUGUAGCACAGAUUAUACCAAUCUUGCUGGUCAUGCAAUACAAAUUUUUUUAGAGUGCAAAAACAGCAUGACAAGUUGCAAUCUUCCAGACCCAGACAUUUUUACAUUUGAUAGCGAGGACGGCACGGAUCCAGAUGGCGCAACAGGGGCGCAGGUCAAAGAAGAUGAAGAUGCGUCGGCAGUAGUAGAGCAGGGUGUACUAGUAGCUGCGGGUGGAGAUGAAGAGGAAGAGCAAGCGGAGUUUUACAGAAGUACCGAGAUGAUUGUAGAAGACGACGCAAUUAUGUCAAUGGAGAACGAAGAAGCGCGAUCAGGACCGCCAAUCCAAAACCCUAUUGGAGGCCCACCACUUGGCGCGGCCGCUUUGGAAGAUCCGAAAGCCGCACCCCCAGCACCCGCACAGGACGAUGAACUACAAGUAGACGAAAAGUUUCUCGAAGCGGAGGAGUUUGUGAAAGCUGCCCCGGAGAAGAUCGCCGAAUCGUAUCAAAUGCAGAAAUGUCUGGGUCUGGAAGAAUGCGCGAUUUGUCAUGCUGCUUUUCCAUGACCCGCCAUGAGGUCUGGAAUGCAGGACCUAGCAUGACAGAUUCUGCGAGACCUUUCUAAUGCCUAUCCUGCAUGAGAAACUACCUCCCGACUUGGUCAAAACUGGACGACUUUUGGCCAUCAUGCAACACAGAUUUUUGCAUGCUGCUGAUUUAGCAUGACAAGUUGCAAUCUUCCAGACCCAGACAUUUUUACAUUUGAUAAAUCGGUCGGAGUGACCACGAAAAUGAUCUUCGAAAGGAUAGAGGGCGGUGAGAACGGGUAUGGAUUGCAAAAAUGUCUGGGUCUGGAAGAAUCCGAAAUUUGUUAUGCUGUUUUUGCAUGACACAGAAUGUCUGUCAUGGAAGCCCUAGCAUCACAGAUUUUUAGAGGCCUUCCUGAUGCCUAUUCCGCAUGACAAAUGCCCUCCACGCGUAGCACAAACCGGACUCCUCUUGCUGGUCAUGCAAUACAGAAGUUUUUAGAGUCCAAAGUUAGCAUCACAAGUUCCAACCUUCCAGACCCAGACAUUUUUGCAGUCCAUAACGGGGACGAAGUUGCGAUUGCGGCGAACGUUGCAAUUGUGACCGAGGUAUGAACUGCAAAAGUAUCGUACUCGUAUAAAUGCAUUACAAAUUUUCUCAGCAUGAGAAAUAAAAUUUGUAAUGCUGAUUUUCGUCGACAAAGAAAUUUGUAAUGCAAGACCUGCAUUUAUACGAGUACGAUACUUUUGCACAGGAUACGAGGAGGAGGAUAACGAUAAGGAAAACGAUCACAGCAAAGAGGAGUUGGAUGAUGUUCUUGAGCAUCAAGAAAGUACUACAACUAAAGCUGCGAUGACGGUGAGUAGAAUGGCUGCGACGCAGGCGAAGGAAACGACGGGACUACAGCAGACCAUUCUGGAUGCAAGAGUAAACAGCUACUUCCGAGAACAAGAGGAAAUAGACGAGCAGGAAGAAAAGAGACGGCUGGAAGUUGCGGCCACGUAUUUUGAAGCAGCGGAAGAACAGAAUGUGGCAGCUGGGGCAGGAGCACCGGCUUCUCUUGCGGAACCCGAGAAGGAAAUCAACGUUUCAAAACUCGAUAAGGCAGGAGGUGCAAGACCAACGACGAACGCGGUUAAUUAUGCAGCAGUGGCUAGCAGCAACUUCGCACCAUUAGCAGUGGCUCCUCCUGCUUCUAACGCCCACAACGACCUUUCUGCAUCGUCCUCUGCGGCCACCGGUUCUACUUCCUUCAUGUUGCCAAAUGCCACUGCAACGUCUGUGGCCGCUACACAGCUGCUGGCGGCGCAGACAACGGCCGCAAACGCGGCGAUGACAUUCGCACCGGCAUCGCGCGUGAAUAAUAUGCAGAAAAACAAAUACAGCACUGCGUCGUCAGCAUCGAGCUCGAGCUCGAGACAAGCGGAGAAGGAGAAGAUUUAUGCAUUGCAAAAGUAUCGUACUUACUAGUAUAAAUCGCAUGACAAAUUUUAUCAGGAAGAAAAUUGGAAUUUGUAAUGCAGAUUUGGGUAGGAAACCAGAUUUGUCAUGCAUACCUGCAAUUCAUACGAGUGCGAUACUUUUGCACAGGAUAAGAUUAUCAUACCAGCGAGCGGCGUGAACGGGUCCAAGGAAAAGUCCGGGCUGCCGUAUCCACAGGAAAUUUCCCGUACACGUACAUAUGCAGUCUCUGCAUGACAAAACUUGCCUUCAAUCCUAGUCCAGCAUGACAAGUUGGACUCUGCAAUGUAGCGAAAUUUGUCAUGCAUUUUGUACAUGUACAGGAAAUUUACAUUGCAUAUGCGGCACAUCGAGAUUAUCCGAAACAGCAAAGUGUCGAUUGAAAAGUACUUGGCCUGGGAAAAGGACAACGCAAGAUUUCUCACAGUGAAGCUGCGGGAUCAGGAGAGUAUAGUGGAGGAGUGUUGUUGUAGCAGUCUUGUCCUCUUCCGAUAGUUUUCAUCAUCAUGAUAUUGAUUGUUGCCGUGCUGUCAUAUACGCAUUGUAGCUUGAGGCUCCACGAAAAAAGGAUCGCGACAUGAUCAUGAAAUCACAGUUCGCUACAACACGCUGGAGCAAGCGGAGCGUGCAAGGGAGGAACUUCGGGUGAACCUGUUCCGUUUCCUGGAUCCGGAACUGCCGCAGAGAGUGGACUUGAUCAAAGACUUGCAGAAGUCCUUCAACUCAUUGGCGGUGGAGUGCUCGCGCGGGCGGGCAGAAGCGAGCCGGUUACGGGAACUGUUACACGAGAGCCAGGUGGUGUAUCGGGCUCAGGAAGAGGAGGUCGAAAAGUUACGGGAGAACUUUGAUGUUCAGGUAUGGAGAAAAGUUUAGAAAUUUUUCUUACAGGUGCUAAAUCUUCAUCCCCGAGCCCGUCUUGUGAUGCACCGUGCCAUGAUAGGCAUGGUAAGUCUAACUAUGUGUAGUUGUUCAUUUGUCAAAAUAUGCAGAGAUGAAAUUCCCAUACUUCAUUUUUUUCAGAUCGCCUCCAUGGAGCAGCGUGUGGUUUCCCUGACCACUGUGAAUUCCGCCCUGCAAGCCAAAAUUGAGGCGCUGGUGGAGGCGCACAACAAGCAGCUAAAGGAGAUCGAGGAGAACGAGAAAUUGAAGCAGAAAGCGUUCCACAAGCAACUUGCCGAACAGAAGGCGUUCCUCGAACAGGAAAUUGCGAAGUCCAAAACUGCGUUUUUCGAGGAACAGAACAACUCGCAGGAGAAACUGCAGUUAGAAGAGACGAAGUGGAAACAGAAAAUCGCCGACAAGGACCACGAAAGACUGGGUGUAGAGCAAAAAUUAGAGGAAAAGGCGCAGGAAAUCGAGAAACUGAAAAUUCAAGUGGAGGAGGCGAAGGAGGCGAACCGCGAGGAGGUGGCGAAUUACGUGAUCGAAAGAGACACGCUGUCGGGAGAACUGCGGGAAUUCAUCCACGAACGGGAACAGUACCAAACCGAGAUCACGGUGUUGAAGCAGGACAUUGAAAGGAUGAAGAAAGAGCACGACGAGCUGCACACGGAGCACAUGAAGUUGGUCACGCUGGAGAAGUCCGAAACGGAAGAGAUGGAAGUAGAGAGGAAAAGGCUAUUAUGCAAGAAAAAAACUGUGUAAGUGUAACUUUGCCUUGCAGAUGUUGCAAUACAGUUACACUUGUCAUGCUGGGUAUGCAACAUCAGAGCGGAGGCUAUUUCAAUACGUGUUUUCGCGUACUGGUACUAGUUACGCAUGACAGGUUUUCUUUGUCAUGCAGAACAAAUCUGUGAUGCUGUUCCUGCAAAAAAGUUACACUUACUCACUUUUUUUCUUGGAUAGUUACGUGAUGACAGAAAAGCCGCGGAGGAGCAGGUUCGCUUCAUGGAGGACAGAAUGCGCUCGUUUGACCAGGAACGCCUCGUCAUGGCAGAAAAGGUAUUUUUAUCGAGCGAGAGAUGAUGCUGGCUCGUGUUUCGGAUCGCAGUAGUACUUCUAUUGUGCCUUCAAAGACAGCCCUGUCUUGAUUCUGUGCGCCGGCUUUUUUGCAUUUGGUUGAUUCUGGUUCAUUUUCGGUUUUGCAUUUCUACUACUCAUUCUGCAUCGAAAAUCAAAAUCCUAUGCAAUGAAUAAAAACCAAAAUUAUCAGCUCCAAGCUCUCGAGGUGGGGCGUGUAGAGCAAUCUAAGCGGGAGGAGCAUCACAUGGACAAGUUCGCUUCCACAGUCGGGGAACUCGAUACGAGGGUGCACAACUCACCCUCCCCCUCAUUUGUAUGGCACCAACAGCAAUACAAGCGUCGGCAAGAGUGCAGGCUUUGCGUGACAAAUUCACCCCGGAAGAUUGUAGUGCUGAUUGAGCAUCCAGAACUUGUCAUGCGAAAAGUGCCGAGAGGCAUGGGGCGCAUGUGGUUUUUUGCAUGACAAAUGAGGGGGAGGCGGAGUUGUGCACACUCAUACUCGAACGAGAACGGAUGGCGGCGGCUGAGCUGCGUGUGGUGCACAUAGCCAACGUUGAAUCGAUAAAAAGUUUGCAGAUCGAGAAGGCGGCAUUAGAGAAAAGCAACGAGAAAUUGGAAAAGGAAGCUGUUGCGUAUCGGGAAAACCAGGAGAAAGCGUAUUUUGUGGUUGUUUGAAUUGGUCGUGGUGCGGCGCAUUACUUCCCUCUACGCACGACGAGAUGAACAUGAGAGAGAUAAUGCGUGCCUUCUUUGCAGCGUUGCAUAGAAUACCGCAUUGAAGAUGCAGAUCGUAUUCAAUUAAAAAUCGCAGCUACUCCGACCUUUCCGCUUCCUACUCUGGUGCAGAAAAGACCAACGAGGAGCUGAAAGACCUGCUCACGAAGAUGCGACAGCUGAACAGCGAAGUCACUUCUACGUUGAAAGAAAGGGAGAACGAGAUCGAAAUUUUGAAGCGGGAUUUGGAGACGGAAAAAACCAACGCCCACGACUUGUCCAAUUCGGUGAAGCAGCAUUCCGCGGCGAUUCAGCAGCUGCGGGGGCAUUCGGUGAAGUUGCACGAGGAGAAAGAGACGGCGGUGGACGAAUUGAAGACCGAGAUCGACGCACUGACCAAAACACACACAGAAGAGGUGCGGGAGAUGCGAGAAGAUUUGCGGAAAAAAACCGAAGAAUACGCAAAGAAAAUCGGUAUUUUUUGACUUCUCACGUCGUUUUGAUGUUCUACAGUUUGAUCGUAAAAAAAGUGAAAUUGAGUUGUGUUAUACAGUAAUAAAUCCACCAUCACGUCACGUUCAUGCAGCUUAUUUGCAUUCAACACUGAAAUUAUACAGAAACGCUCGAAACCGAGAUAGACGGCCAGAGCUUGACAAUCAUGAAGAAGGGGGAUUCUCAUCUGGAAGCGCAGAGAAAAUGGGAGGAGACGCAGGAAAGGCUGGUUGCCGAGCGGGAUGACGCUAGGUAGAAGAAAUUCUGCUGUGGACUAUCUUCGUUCUUUCAACACGACCUUUCAUCGUCCACGUAUCAGCAUGUGCUUCUAGCAACGACGAGAUGUUGAUCCACUUCUAGGCUUCUACUAACAGUAGAAUCUCUAUCUCAUGGUGGAUCUCUAGGGUCGACAUGGUUAGAAUUAGAAAUAUCGUUGUCGUGAGGAAGAUGAUGCUUCUGCAAAUUAUGUUGGAGGUGGAUUGCACUGUUGAAAACAAAUUUGAAAAAUCACCCUACCAAAGGAAACUCGCGCACCAAGGCCAGGGCUACAAGUACGAACUAGAUAUGACAAGGCAGCAGCUGGCGGUAGCGGAGCAGCAAUUGGAAGACACACGGCAGCUCCUGCAGGAAAGAUCUCGAACAGACCAACUUCGGAAGUCAGCGAUCGGCGCUUUGCUGCAGACGGUGCAGAUGGACCAGAUGGUCGGCGCGAGCUCGAUGGGACAACAGGGCUCGCCAGCAGCGAAAAGCAGCAGUCCGGCAGCCAGUGGUAGCAAAACAGUAUCAUCUGCUUCAGCACAAGGAGCUCCUGGUGCAGUAUCUUCUACUUCCAACACCCACCUGGCGCACGAUGCUGUGAACAAAAUGCAGCAGCAAGUCGAGCAGGAGCUGGCCCAGAUUCCGGCGAUGCAGCAAGCGCUGCAAACAACAACUGCUGACCACCAGGCCGACUUCGCGAGUAACGCCAAUGAAGAAAUCACAGCAGCGACGGUCCUGAAGACCGGCGGACAAGUCACGACAACCGAUUUCAGCACCGUGAAAUCGUACCAGCAGGCCGCAGGGGCUGACAGCCAACAGAAUUCGAACUCCAUAUCCUGUGCAAAAGCAUCGUACUACCUAGUAUAAGUUGCAUUACAAAUUCGCUCAGCAUUACAAAUAAAACUUGUAAUGCUGUUUAGCAGCAAUUACUACGAGUACGAUACUUUUGCAGCGCAUACUCCAAUUCAAGCACGAAUUUGAUAACGCCGAUACAGUUGCACUACCCGGAGCGGGUUACAUUGCCGGUCAGCAGUUACCGUCCGGAAACACGGUCCACUUAUUCUCCCGUGAAGAAGCAGCAGGAGCUGAGAAGUGUGACAAGCCACCAGCAACAAGAGCAAGAAGGUUCUUUGCAUCAGCAUCCUUUCCCCGUGGCGAUUGUUUACAACAAUGGCGCCACUACAGCUGCUGGAGGACACAACUUUGCAACCCCCCAAGACGCACCGAUCACCGGGCACAACCUGCAGGGAAGCCUGCCCACGGUGGAGAUUUAUCACCAACAAACUCAUCUUCGUGGUCCGGGGUCAGCAACAGGCACAGUAGCUCCAGGCAGUACCACUUCAAGUUCCAGCACCGCGACACGGGUUAUGAACAACGGACCGUCCGGAAACAACGCCGAUUUUCACUUCUACUCCGGACCACCAGCGGGGCAUCAGCAGCAGGUUUUGUUACCGGACUCUGACCCGAAUCUGCUCCCCGCGGUAACGAUCAGCAGCAACUAUGGUCAACACGCUGGAACUCCGCAACAUCUGAUUACCGACAACAACUUCUCCCACCAGGCUUUCAAUCACACGCUCGACAGUCGCGGCAGUCCUGGUGUAAGUCUGGGCGGCCAGAAUUAUCCGCAUUCCAGGACGCCACCCAGAGGGAGGGGCAGGAGAAGACUUUCCCCCGGGCCGAGCUACGGCGCACCGUCGGGAGUAGUUACAGUGGACAAUGCGGACCACCUGACGUCUUCUUCCCACCACCAGCAAAGCGCUUUCGACAAUUCAUCGUCGGCCUUACAGAUGAAUCGUGGAGUUGUUGCAAAUAACAACUACCCGCUGCACGUCUUCCAGCAGCAACAAGACCAGCAGUACGACCGGAAUGUGUCAAAAGCGAUUUCCGAAGCGGAGACGAUCCUGACGAACCGGGAUUACGAGCACAACGUGCGACACGCGCACGACGACGCGCCGAGGCGGGUGUCGCAAUCUUCGGCUAUGCAUUGCAAAGUAUCGCUGCAAUCGCAUGAAUUGCAAUUGCGGUUACGCAUGACAAAUCUACUUUUCGUCCUCAAUUAGCAUGACAAAUUCUAUUUCUUCCUUUUGAAAAGAAUUGUACUUUAUUGCAAUUCCUACUAAACACGAUAUUUUUGCAACGCAUAGCGGUCAUGACACAGCAGUUACAGUACAACUCGGUGGACCAGGAUUUGCUUACCAGACUCCGCCAGGAGCGGCGAAAGUCGAUUGAGCGGGCGAUGAUGGGAUCGGCUUCUUCUGCGGGUAGCAGUGCGAAUCUGUCCGCCAGUUCCAAGGAGCGGCAGCUGCAGCAGUCGCAGGCAUUGAACUCUUCCGGUGCCGGUAGCAGUUCGGGCAUCUUUGACUCCGCUCCCGUGGAACCGCCGAGCAGCUUCUUCGAUUGGUUACCGGGAUUGUAGCUAAUUCGAAACUCGAGGUGGAGUUACCGCUGUUGAUGCCUCCACGAUUGGCGGAGCUGCAGUUUCGGUAUUCCAAGAAAGUUGAAGACUCAGAGAAAUUCGUUGUACCCGCAUGAUGAUCGCAAAAUAACAUCGAUCAUCAGUAGUUUCGAUGAGCUAGUUGUACCAAAUCAAAACAGAACCAACCGUAGGAAAAAUACUCGAUGCUGGCGAAGUGUUGAGCCUGAGCUUCUAUUUGAAUUUCGUGAGCUAGUAGUAGUUUCAUGCUAUCGCUUUCAAUUCUAUUUCUACCGCUCUUGAUACGAUUACGAACAAUACACACUCUAGCAGAUUACUAAAAAACAGAUACGCGGCAGAGGCUUCAAGUUGUUGCUUCUCCAGAAGCACUAUCUUAGCAAACGGGUUUCAUCAAAAUGUAUGUGGACUAAAAGCAGAAAGUUUGUACUGACAAAAUUAAACGGCCUCCAAAGUAAUGAAGAAUAAUUAGAGAUACUAACUAAGCUGAAAAAUAAGGUAAAGGUCUUAACAAAAACGAAAAGUACAGGACUACCGGCAACCUUUAAAACUAGAUGCAGUGAGAAGUAGAAGCCAGCAGUUCUUCGUCUAAAGCAUGGCUGCGGUAGUCACGUGACCAGCGAAAGAAAUCGUUGCGCAACGACGGCAGAAUCAGAAUUCCGACUCUCCUAGCUUGAACAAUAGCAAGACGAAUAUUCUUCACACCAAUGUUUCUUUCGAUUAUUGCACGAUAAGCGCACGACGGUGCAAAUAUUAGAAAUCAAACGAAACCUCCCAUAUGUUAUUUGAAAACUUUUGUGUGACAGUUUCCGUUUCCGUACGAUCAAUCUCCGCCGGUCCUCAGACCGACGGUGAUUCGACCAGUUUACUGAGCUACAAUUUGACAACUUGAGCUUACUAUUUGAUCGUUUACAGAAGUCUCACAAGAAACCAAGAGUAGUGUGUAUUUGUACAAUUAUCUCCCUAGAAUUUGCAAACGACCCGAGAUGUGUGCCCACAGCUGGUG